AUGGACUCAGACACACAAGUAGACAAAGCUUAUAGAGAUUCAAUUUUUAUUAAGCUUAGGUCUUUACCAGGAAACCAAACCUGCUUUGAUUGCUCAACAAAAAACCCAAUUUGGUGCUCAGUAAAACUAAGUUAAGUUAAUUGCUAUAAGGCCAUAAAUGGAAUUCCACUAGUCUGCCUAUCUGGCGUAAGCCUACCUACCCUAAAGAUUAGCUCCCUAGUUAGAGCGAUCUCUUGCGAGUCCCCCCACUAAUCCCGAUAUUCAAAGGCUAAGUGAGAGGUAGCCGAUCUUGCAGCAAAACAUUCAGGGGAAGAAAAAAAACUUCCCUCUUCGGAAGGCAUCUCUAUACCUUAAGGCCUACUUCAAAAAGUGAUCAAGGCACCAUUUUUCGCUUUAUCAGGACAGGUCUUACCUUUUUCAUAGGGAGUGCAUCUCAGAGCCCAUCUUCCGUCGGUGCCACCAUUUUAUUUCUCAUGAAACUAGGAAUUUUUAUUUGCUAUGGAUGCACUUCAGUACAUAGAUCUCUUGGCACCCAUCUCAGCUUUGUGAGAUCUAGCGAUUAUGAUAUGUGAACUCUACGACAGCUAGCUUAUAUAGAGCUAGGUGGGAAUAAAAGAGCAAAAGAAUUUUUUAGAUCUCAUGGAAUCCAUGGUGCAGUUGACUAUGCAUCUCAAGUUGCAGAAAGAUGGAGAAAUGAAUUAGCUGAACGAGUUGAGGAGUUGUAUCCUCGGGCGAUCAAAAGGAAAGAAUCUCACCCCGAAAUUGAUGAGAACCAAAUAAAACAAAUUGCUGAUCCUCAGCCUACUAAUAAUAUUGCUGAAGAGCGUAAAACAGAAGAAGUCAAGCAAAAUGUCUCCAAGUCUUCAAAUGUCACAAAACAAACAGUUCACAUAUUGAAUAAACCAAAAUACACCCCACCAGCAGAAACUCAGCACAAAUUCAGGAAAACCAAGGUAGAAGAAACUGCAUCUCCUAUUAAAUUUAAACCAGUCAGCUUUAAACCACAAAUAGAAGAAGAGGAAGAGUUUUUCGAUCCGCAGCCUUUAAAAGCCCCAGAGCGAUCUCAGCCAGUGAUACAACAAGAGCCAAUUAUACCUCAGCCAGCCCCAUCUACAAUUCAAAGAAAAAAUAUAGAGAAAAAAGGAUUUGGAAAUGAAGACUUCGAGCAACAAAGGAUAAAUGAGAGGGCAAGCAAGCAAAGAUUAGCAGAGCUUUCAUCUGCGAAAUCUAUUUCUAGUGACAUGUAUUUUGGAAAAAUUGACAAUAGCAGCACAAAUAAUGAAAAAAUCGACUACAUCAAAGAAGAAGCAGCCAAUCUUGCAGAAGCUGCACGUGAAAAAGCAGGAGAGGUAAUGAAUAUUUAGCUAAAAUCUAAAGCAGCAAAGAUAUGGAGUUCCUUGCACCAAAGGUUUACAUAA